AAUGAGGAAAAGGUGGGGUUUCUUAAGGAGAUGAAGGGAGCCAAGGAGAGGCUGAAGAUUUUCAAAGCUGAUUUGAUGGAGGAAGGAAGCUUUGAUGACAAUAUCCAAGGCGUUCAUGGCGUUUUCCAUACCGCAUCUCCGGUUCUUGUUCCCUAUGACCACAACGUUCAGAAAACUUUGAUUGAUCCAUGCAUAAAGGGCACCUUGAACGUGCUGAGAUCCUGUGCAAAAGCCAGCAGUCCUGUAAAAAGGGUUGUUCUCACAUCUUCUUGCUCCGCAAUUUUGUACCGUUUCGAUGUCCAGAAACAGCAAACUUCCUCCCUUAACGAAUCACAUUGGAGUGAUCCAGACUACUGCACACGCUACAAUCUGUGUUACGCUUAUGCGAAGACGACAGGUGAGAAAGAAGCAUGGAGAGUCGCAAAAGAAAGUGGGAUCGAUCUGGUUGCUGUGAGCCCAUCUUUUGUGGUGGGUCCUUUGCUUGCGCCACAACCAACAAGUACUUUGCAGUUGAUACUCUCCAUAGUUAAAGGUACGAGAGGCGAAUACCCCAACACCACAAUAAGGUUUGUGCACAUAGAUGAUGUGAUUGCGGCCCACAUUUUAGCUAUGGAGGAAAGCAAAGCAUCAGGCAGGUUGGUAUGUUCCGGCUCGGUAGCUCCUUGGACGCAGAUCAUUGAGUUGCUAAGGGCCAAAUAUCCUUCCUAUCCUUUUGAAAACAAGUGAGUAGCAGUCAAGAAGGAGACAACAAUGCACAUAGCAUGGACACGAGCAAGAUUCAUCAGUUGGGGUUCCCGGAGUUCAAAUCGCUUCCUCAAAUGUUUGAUGAUUGUAUCAAGAGUUUUCAGGACAAAGGAUUUCUAUGAAGUUCACUUGGUCGUUCCUGUGUAAACUUUG